AUGUUGUUGAGUUGUCAAAUUAGUUGCAAAGAAACUACAGAUAAAAAUAAAUCUGAACUUGAUGAAAUAAUUGCCAAUGAAACUUAUUUAAAGGAGUUUAGGACAGCCGAUAAUUCCCUAAAUCCAGAUGAUUAUCGUCCUAUGCCUAUUGUAGAAGAAAUUUUGCGUUGA